GGGUGCAGCUCCCACUGAGAAGGAAGCAGAGUUUCCGGCUGUUUGCAGCGGAGCGAGCGGGUUGGUGACGCCGAGAAAAACGCCACCGGCUCGGGGGCUCGUCGUUUCAGGCUUCGGUAGUUUCCUCUUUUCUUAUCUGGAGGAAGUACAUUUUCUACGGAACCAGGAGGAGCUGAGUAGAAAGCCGAGCGAAGAAGCUGCAGACGGCGGAGGUUAGCCACCAGCUACCGGCAUGGCCAGGGACUACGAUUACCUCUUCAAGCUGCUCAUCAUCGGUGACAGCGGAGUGGGAAAGAGCAGUCUCCUUUUGCGGUUCGCAGACAACACAUUUUCAGGUAGCUAUAUCACCACGAUAGGAGUGGACUUCAAGAUCCGGACGGUGGAGAUCAACGGGGAGAAGGUGAAGCUGCAGAUCUGGGACACGGCGGGCCAGGAACGCUUCCGAACCAUCACCUCCACAUACUACAGAGGGACGCACGGGGUCAUAGUGGUUUAUGACGUCACGAGUGCCGAGUCCUUCGUCAACGUCAAACGAUGGUUACAUGAAAUCAACCAGAACUGUGACGACGUGUGCCGAAUAUUAGUGGGAAACAAGAACGACGACCCGAGCUCCAAGGUGGUGGAGACGACCGACGCUCAGAAGUUCGCAGAGCAGAUGGGAAUCAGCCUGUUUGAGACGAGCGCGAAGGAGAACAUCAACGUUGAAGAGAUGUUUAACUGCAUCACAGAGCUGGUGUUAAAAGCCAAGAAGGAGGUGCUGGCCAAGCAGCAGCAGCAGCAACAGAACGACGUGGUCAAACUGACCCGGAACAGUAAACGGAAGAAAAAGUGCUGCUAGCGAAGCGGCGCCGAAAGGCCGCAGGCGUCCUCUCUCUCUCUCCUCACACUCUCACACCACCACACGGGACUCAGAGCGUCUAAAUUAAAGAGCAGAUAAAGAUUUAAUGAAAAAUAAAUGGAAAUAAUGUCCCCUUUGGACAAACUAAUCAUGGAAACUUUAAAAGAAUUGUACAGAUUUUUUUAUUAUUAUUAUUAAAUGUCAGAUCAGGUUUUAUUUGGAAUGGAUCAAAUGAGCCCCCCACCUCCCCCUAAAUACUCCUCCAUCAGUUGAUCAUCUCCUUCUCAUCUCCGCUGCACACGGGACGCCCCGGCUCCGCCCCGCGCCUGAGGGGGGAGGAACAGACUUUCCGUGGGACGGGUUUUCUGUGGAAGGAGCGAGGACUCCGUGCUCCAGAGACGGAAGGUCUCGCCGCCUCUCUCAUGUGCGCACGUUUCAGAGGCCUGCUCCCCCGCAGCCUACGUCCCGCCAACAGAUCACGAACUCCUCGGUCGGCGUGGAGAUGAAUCCCGACGAUUAGCAGAUUAGCCUAAAGGACAGAACUGGUGUUUUUAUGUUUUCCUGUAUUUUUGCCAAGCUUCCCUUCCUUCAUCGUCUAACCUGAGCCGCCGUUAACUCCUCCUGUUUUUAUUUUGCCUCUCUGAUUGAUUGCACUGUUCACUGCAGUCUUAUUUCCCUGUCAGAGUUUAAACCUUUUUUUUAAACAGUUACUGCCAACAUAGAAUAAAGAAAUGAUAGAUUUAUCAGAAGCUCAGCAGAGCCUCUCAUUGGACUGUUGCCAUAGCGGCCGUAGGCUGCCAGGAAACAGGGUGAAUCGGCGUCUGAUGGGACCCUGUUGAGUCCUCAGGAAGUGCCCCCCUCCCUCCCCUCUUCUGUGUUUCUGCUGCCACCAGCCUUGUUCCUCCUACAGCCACAUAUCAGCGCCUCUCCGCCGUGGAUGGACCCACCGUCUGCCAGCGAAGGAACCGUGACCUUCGCUGGUUUUUAACUCUUUAUUUUUGGUGUUUAGAUUAUUUUUUUCUUUUGUUUCCAGAUGUGUGUAAAACCCGAACCGUGCGUUCGGUUCUGGAGCCGGUCGCUGUCACCGUGCAGAACAUUGGGAACUGCUGACUGAUGCAGCGUUUUCGGUGUCCAUGGCGACAGCCAGGCUCACUGUUGGGAGCGUUAAAAUAAGAACAAAUGGGAAUGAACUUUUAGGACUGGGUUCACUGGUUCUGGACUGGAACCGGAGAGGCUGAAGCGGCUCACAGCAGCGGUCGCUUUCGAUUGGGAGAGUUUGAAAGCAGACGGAGAAGGAGGUGCGGUGGAAGCGUCUGUCCUCUGAGCGGGUUCCAAAGGCCUAGAGAUGCUAUCAGAAAUCUAAACUUUGAUUUCUCUUUUAUAAAUAUAUAUAUAUAUAUAUAUCUAAAUAAACAGAUGUGUGUUCAUAUUCGGUAUAGAACACGAUUAGCACACCAGACUGAGCAUGAGGUCGACAUGCUCCGUGUGCUGUGGUUAGAACACGCCAUCGUCAGCUGUGGUUUGCUGUACACUGGAGAAACAAAAGAUGUCCAAUUUUCCCUUCAUGGAUUAAAUCAAGUAAUAAACGUUUUAAAGAAAUAAAUAUUUGACACAUAA